AAGCUGAACUUUUGUUUACUUUUAGUGGUGUAACAAUUGAAAAAAGUUUUUGUUAUUCGGUGAACGACUUCGUAGGCUGCUCGACCAUAUGAUUAAAGUAAGGAAAAAUUUUUGAGUUUAGUGCUUCGAAAUCACACCUUUAGAGAAAUCUGAGUAAACAGUUCCAUUACAAAAGUUUUUCUACAAUUUGUGUUGAUGAACUAAACAAGAAGACGAUAAAAAGACAUAAAGACAAUGGAAAAGACAAAAAUUCAACUUGAUAGGAACAAUGGAGUUAGUAUCAUUCGCCGGUUUCUUCACCCAGGGCCACUUUUGACGAUUUUUAUCAUCAAAUCCAUCACUAUUCAAACACUCUACCUCAACUCAAUGUGGUGGCCACCGCACAGAUCGUUCGCUGCGUUUCUUAAUCAGAUUAUAUUCAUCGUACUAUCAGCUUUAACUGCCUUUAAUUUUGUAAUGGCUGCGGUUCUUGGACCAUCGUACUUACCAUUUGGAUGGAAGCCAAAGAAUAAGAAACACGAAAGUUACCUUCAACUUUGUUCGGUAUGUCCAGGAACUUUUAAAGCACCACGCGCUCAUCACUGUCGUAAAUGUGAUCGAUGCGUAGCAAAAAUGGAUCAUCAUUGUGUGUAUUUGAACAAUUGCGUUGGACAUGGAAAUCAUUCGCAUUUUGUUUGGUUUCUUUCACUUGCUGUUGUUGGUUGUACACAUGCAGCAAUUAUUCUUAUUUGUUCACUUUAUGCUGGGCUUUAUCGUGAUUAUUAUGUUUACUAUCAAGAGUUUAGUAAAGCAACAGUUCGACUCACAACGUGGAGUUUAGUUUUAACAGUAUUCAACAUUGGUCUUGCCGUAGGAGUUAUCAUAGCAGUCGGAAUGCUUCUCUUCUUCCAAAUGAAAUCCAUUAUUCGAAAUAAAACAGGAAUCGAAGAUUGGAUUGUUGAUAAAGCAAUUUAUCGACGAAAAGCAAUGAUGAGAGCAGCAGAAGAAGUAGGAGAAAAGGAUUUCAAAAUCGAUCCAUUUGUUUAUCCUUAUGAUCUCGGAAUUUGGAAGAAUGUUGCACAAGUUGUCAACUUUAGUUGCUUACCAAUCGGCGAUGGUGUUAUUUGGCCGGUUGUUGAUGGAUGUGAUCAAUUUACAUUGACACGAGAGCAACUAGAACAGAAGAAAGAGAAACGAGCACGAACACGACGUUAUAGAAUUGUUGCGAAAGUAUCUGGCAGUUGGAUGCCACUUUGGUCGCAAGGAUGCAAAGUUUGUGUUAAUCCUCCGUUAACAGAUGAGCCAAGAAUCGCUUUGGAAGUUGAUGAUUUGGUGAAUGUGACGAGGUGGAGGAAGCAUUGGUUGUUUGGUGAGAAGGUUCAAGAUUUUCCAGAAAUUCAGUCGACAAUGAAUGGAAAGCAACAAAAUGAAAUUCUUAAGCAACAAAUAGCCAAACGAAGAUCUCGUGGAUGGUUUCCAAGACAAUGUGCUGUUGAGUUCUUUGAAGAUAACGAUGAAGAAAGUGAAAAUGAAGUUGGGAAUAACAACGAAGAUAUGAAAAAGAAAAAUUAAUUUAAUUUAACACAUCAUGAGAAUAAAAUGACAUGAAAUAAUUUCAUUCUUAAUUGCCAUUCGAUUUUUCAGAUAUUUGAAGGAAUCUUCUAUUAAUUAAAUUUUUUUCUUUAAUUAAAACUGAGGAAAUCUCGUGACUUUGUUACAAUAUCAUUUAACUGAACGACCAAACUACUAAAUUGUGAGAUUUUUAAAUAUUUAGUGAAGCUUUUUCAAGUCACACAUUGAAGUGUUUAUUAUAAUUGUCAUCAACAUUUUUAUCUAUUUUUCUGAUUAUUAAAAGAACUCACG